GUUAAACCCAAGAUGUCAGCCCCCUGACCCAUUGACUGAAUGGAAAGAUCAACACGUUCCAGUCAAGUUUAUUAGAGUUUAAAAAAACUAAGAAUGGCUCGUGUAGUGCAGAAGUUUCUAUCCCGUCAUCCAGACUUGAUCUCCCAGCAUGCACUAGUGAUGACUUGCUGUCGCCGCAAAGGAACAUGGAAACAGAAGAUAUUGAAGCGCGAGGACAAGAAGGAUCGGGUGGUUCAGUAUGCUGCAGAGAAUGCUAGACAAGCGGAACGUGUGUAUGUGUGGGGAUGUGCUACUACUGGGGCGCUCGGAAUUCAGACAUACAUGAGGCCAGACAACAGACAGGCUGCUAUACCAAGACAGAAGAGACCUGCAAGAUUAAAGUUCACAGACAUCCACAACAUCAAGGUGCAGAGUGUGGCGUGUGGGUACGGCUUCACAGUGUUCGCAGCCAGGACACCGAGUGGACACAAGCUGUUCGGGACGGGAAUCAACACAGACUCACAGCUGGGGUACCAUGAAUAUCCACGAGGUUCAGGCCGAGUGCUUGACAUCAUAGUAGAACCUGUCCCUAUUUCUCUCCCCUUGUUGUCCCCGGACACCACCAGGGUGCGGGACGUGUCAUGUGGUCGCUCCCACACUGUUGUCAUCACAGACAAGGAGGGAGUUUUCAGCCUGGGCAACAACUCGUGUGGUCAGUGUGGGCGGUCAGUGGUGGAGGACGAGGUGUAUGCCAAGAACCCAAACAUCAACAAGAUUCACGAUCUUCCAGACAAUGUUGUGAAAGUGGUGUGUGGCCAGGACCACACCUUGUUCCUGACGGACACUGGUCAAGUGUACAGCUGUGGGCUGGGUGCGGAUGGGCAGACAGGAUUGGGAAGUUACAAGAACGUGUCAGUGCCGACCCUGGUAGGCGGGGAUAUCAAGAAUGAGAGGAUUGUGAAUAUAGCGUCUACUGCCGACUGUGUGCUGGCUGUCUCAGACAAGGGAGAUGUAUUUGGAUGGGGGAACUCUGAAUACAACCAGCUCUCCAUGGUAACAGACCAUGCUCAGGUUUCUGAACCUAAACAUCUUCCUGUGAGGAAUUGUGGGAAAAUUAUCAAAGGUGUUGCAGCCGGCUCUGCAUGUGCUAUACUCAACGACAAAGGGGAUGUCUAUGUGUGGGGAUUCGGGAUCCUCGGCAAAGGACCAGCUCUGGAGGCAGCAGAUCAGCCUCAGAGGAUUCCACCAACAUUGUUUGGCCGGCAUGAGCUCCAGCCUGAAUCUAAAGUUGUGGAUAUUGUGUGUGGAAUGGGUCACUUUGUCGCCAGGACAGACACUGGUGAUGUGUAUACAUGGGGGAAGAACAGAGAGGGCUGCCUCGGGCUCGGCAAGACAGAAGACCAGUUUUUCCCUCUCAAGGUGUCAAUGCCGGCUGAAGCCCACACUGUCUGCUGUGGGGUGGAUCACACUGUCAUACUCUGCAGGUCUUUCUGCUGAGUGGAAAAAAAUAGGUGUUAUACUGUGAUUGACAUCAUAAGAACAACAUUGUGCAUGACAGCCUUCUUAGGGAUACACUAUGAUUGACUUCAUGCGGACGACACCAUGAUAGCCUUCAUUGGGACAACUUUGGGACAGCCUUCUGGGGAUGACAUCAUGACAACUUUCAAGGGGACGACAUUAUGACAGCCUUCAUGGAGAUGACAUGAUAGCCUUUAUGGGGACGACAUUGUGACAGCCUUCAUGGAGAUGACAUGAUAACCUUCAAGGGGACGACAUUGUGACUGCCUUCAAGGGGACGACAUUGUGACAGCCUUCAUGGAGAUGACAUGAUAGCCUUCAUGGGGACGACAUUGUGACAGCCUUCAUGGAGAUGACAUGAUAGCCUUCAUGGGGACGACAUUGUGACAGCCUUCAUGGAGAUGACAUGAUAGCCUUCAAGGGGACGACAUUGUGACAGCCUUCAUGGAGAUGACAUGAUAGCCUUCAUGGGGCCAACAUUGUGUGGCCUUCAUGGAGAUGACAUGAUAGCCUUCAAGGAGACGACAUUGUGACGGCCUUCAUGGAGAUGACAUGAUAGCCUUCAUGGGGACUGUUGGUUAGUCCUCUCAGCAUGCUCAGUGGGAACAGAUAUGACAUGUGGUAUCCAAGUGCAAGAGACACGCUUGACAUUCCGGGCUUGUGUUUUCUAGAACUAACCCAAAUAAUGAUAACAAGGACAUGGAUACCAGCUACAGCAAGGGGGAGACUUCUUCAGUGCCUGAUGGUUCAGUUGACAUUUAGGAAUAGUUUCUGUUGAGAGAAAUUAUUAGAUAAGUUGAAGAUGUUUGCUCUAAAUUCAAAGUAUUUAACAUUUUCUAAGAUUUGUAUUUUUAUUAUCUAGAUGUCUUAUUCUAACUUUCAAAUUGAUAAAAUGAGGUGGUUUGUGUAUAUUCUAUUGAGCUUUGCACACUUAUUGAAAACCAUGCUUAACUCAUACUUGACUAUAGAGGCCUAUAGGAAAAUCACUCAUGGUCUUUACACUUACAUGCAGAAAGGUUCUAAUGCUGAGGCUGUAUGGUACAUGAAACGUGGUUACAAUGCAGUGACAACAUUGCAUCACUACUCUUGUUCCCUCUUGCCAUAAACAAUACACAAUCUGUAAUAAAUUCACAGUUUGUUUGAAGUCA